UAUUAGUAGAGUUACUGACGUUGUAAAAGUUGGAUCUGCAAAACAAAUUUUAAUUGACCAAUACAUAUCAACAAUAUAAAUAUAAUUUUGUAUUUAGUUACUAAUUAGUAAUUACUCUCUCUGCUGAGUUGAUUGCAAAAACUAAAAAUAAAAAGAAACCUUCAAGCACGUGAUAUGGGCAUACCUCGUUUGUCAGCCAAGAAGUGUUUUAUUUACAUGACAUGUGCGACAUGUAUGAUUCUGUUAGUGAUGAAUGUACAUCAAAAAGGAUUCUGGCAUUCCCUCGAACUCGAACCAGAACAACCGCAACUUUCACACGUGAAUUCUGAAUUGAAAAAGGUACUGAAUUCAAGUAAAACAACAGGCUUGAUCAACAAUUCUGUCGUGAAAAUAUUAGAUCUAUCACAAAAACCAUGGUUUAUGAAAGGUGGUUUACGUCAACCAUUGCCUGCACCAAAGGUUGAAACGAAAGAGAGAAGACAAAAUCAUCUGUGGCCUGAUGAUGAUUCUGAUGAUGAUAGAAUCAUGAAUCAGUUAAUGUACAUGCCAUCAGGUUACAAUAAGACGUUUGCUGAACAUCAUCCGAAGAAGAUUAUGAUUCCACAUGGUAUGGACGAGGCAAAAACUGGUAGCGAUUUAUUCAUACAGCAGAGCUGUCCGAUCAGCACAUGCGUGAUUACAAGAGAUGAUCCAGAAAACGCAGAUUUAAUACUAUUUAAGGACUAUGUUACACAUGUAGGUCAUAGACCACCUAAUCAAGUUUGGGCAUUAUAUUUUCUUGAAUCUCCUUAUCAUACACAACCAAUUGAAAAUGCUAUUGUCAAUUGGACAGCAACAUACAGACGUGACAGUGAUAUCGUUGCACCAUAUGAAAAAUGGCAAUACUAUGAUUCGAAUGUUAAACAAUUAUCACAAACCUUCAACUAUGCUAGUAAUAAAACUAAGAAAGUGGCUUGGUUUGUAUCAAACUGCCACGCACGAAAUGAACGUAUGUCGUAUGCUCGAGAAUUAUCAAAAUAUAUUCAAGUUGAUAUUUACGGUGCUUGUGGCAAUUUACAUUGUUCAAAAACACAUAAAUGCUUUCAAAUGUUAGAUAAUGAUUACAAAUUUUAUCUUGCAUUUGAAAAUUCAAAUUGUCAAGAUUAUAUAACUGAAAAGUUUUUUGUCAAUGGGCUUGGACACAAUGUGUUACCAAUUGUCAUGGGAGCACGUCAAGAAGAUUAUGAAAAAAGUGCACCUUAUAAGUCAUAUAUACACGUUGAUGAGUUUACAUCAGCGAAAGAACUUGCCACUUGGCUUCAUCAUCUUGAUCAAGAUGAUGAUUUAUACAACUCAUAUUUCAAAUGGAAAGGAACUGGUGAAUUUAUAAACACAUACUUCUGGUGCAGAUUAUGUGCAAUGAUACACGACCACUAUCCAUCAAAAUAUUACAAUGAUAUUAACGAAUGGUGGCGUGGAGAUAAUAUUUGUACGUUGAAAUCAUGGCGGGAAAAAUCAAAACGAAUAACAUAGUCACUAAUAUUUGA